CCGGGUCAGAGAGUAUUUUUGAAGAAAUUGUGAAAAUGGUUAUGGUGCGUUAUUUGCCUUUAUUGUUUAUCGACCGAAUUGCUACAACCACGACAUAUGUAUUUAGCGAUGUUAAAUCAAAUCCGGAAAAAUGCGUAGGUCGCACUUGUGACAAGAGAAGGUGGAUCUAGUUUUUGAGUAGCCAAGAUGAGGGACGUGCUUCGGUGCCACUUAUCAUUAGCUAUGGCCACAGUUAUGGACUGGACGAAGGCGCAAGCAUCAACUUAAUUUUUUACGAUAUUUUCACAGUCGUUUCGACAUUUUACUCUGCGUGGGGGCCACAUUUAGUCGUUUAUGCGCGGCGAGGUGGCUGUUACUGCGUGGCAGGGUGGCUGCGAGAGUCUCCUAACUGGGUCCUGCAGCUUGUCGCAGCUGAAGAAAAUAGAACCAGUUGCCAACCAAGCCGUCGGCGGCAGCACCCCUCUCCCUCCGUCUCUCUCCCCUAGAGGGCUUCGUUGUCAUGGAGGUUUAACUACCUGCUUGAAUUUGUUCUUUCUUGGAUGUGAAUGGUGAAACAUUGCAUGCAGCUGGCUUGGGUGGCUAACAGCAACUAGCUACAUUACCUCAACUCAUGCGACGACAGCUGUCAUUGGAGAAAGGAAAGUGAUCCCCCGUCUUCCUCCUCCCAAAUGCAAGGGAAGCGGGUUGUUUCUGUUGGAUUUACAACAGGAUUUACUCCCUCCAUCAAAUGGGCAAAGUUUGGAAUAAGCUCGCAGCGUUGGAAUAUCAUCAUGCAUUUUUGAGAGCUGCGCUUUCAUCGGAGAGAGGCUAGCUAGCUCGAUUAGCUUGCAAGCUAGCUAGCUAGCUGGUUGAUUAAAACCCUUGACGUUUCAUCACCUCCAGUGGUCUGGACAUGAAGAGGAUAAUUCAUUAUUCUUAGGGCUGGAAGAAUGUCAUCAGAGGAAAAGACUGUGGAACCCUCUGACCAGGGACCCUCACCACCCUCCAGCUGUGCAGGGGCUACAUCCACAGGGAGUCCCGCUCAUGCCGACAAGCGACCACGUGGCAGGCCACGCAAGGAUGCUGCUGCUGGUGCUGCUGUCUGCGUACCCCAAGCGCAACUCUCAGCCUCCUCUAAGAACAGAAAGAAGGGUCGCACCAGAGGUAGGGCUAUCGUGGAUGAGGAGGACAGCAUGGAUGGAACAGAGAUAAUAGAUUCCAUUGGCCCUCUGGACACAGAAACAGAAAUCCAACCAGGGGAGACUGUGGAAGUGCUGACAAGUGAUGUGCCAGAGGAGGACACGCCUUGUCCUCCUCCUCCGGCCCAGAGCCCUCCAGCCGUCAACUUAGCGCGACCGUCUGUCCCAGCAAGUAAAGGAGUCAAAAGCAGUGAGCUUCUUUGUGCCUUCUGUUACUGCGGGAGUAGAAGCCUGUUGGGUCAGGGGGAACUGCACACAUUCAGCACCACACUGCCGCUCAUCAGACGUAAAGAUGGAGAUGAUGCGACGAACGAUCGCAGCGAUGGCGACACAACCACUGAGCCAAACAAGGCUGGAGUGACCACCUCAGGACAGCGCAAAUUUACAAAUGGGUCUGAAAACAGCGAGGGAAAUCCAGACCCAGCGAGCCGAUUUUGGGAUGAGCUUUCUCAUGUCGGCCUUCCACACGAUCUCAACGUCCAGUCUCUCUUUGAGUCAGGGCAAUGCUGGGCACAUCAGAGUUGUGCCUCAUGGUCUGAAGGUGUUUGUGAGGGCGAGGGACAAUCUCUGCUUAAUGUGGACAGAGCCAUUGACUCAGGGAGCACAAAGCACUGUGCAUACUGUAAGCGCCUUGGAGCAUCCAUUAAGUGCUGUGCUGAAGGAUGUACUCAACUCUACCAUUACCCCUGUGCUGGGGCAGCAGGGGCCUUUCAGGAUAUCAGGAGUCUUUCGCUCCUCUGCCCAGAACACAUCGAUUUGGCAGUGCAUAAAUUUGAUGACGAUGUCAAUUGCGCGCUUUGCGAUAGCCCAGGGGAUCUACUGGACCAACUGUUCUGCACCAGUUGUGGACUGCAUUACCAUGGCAUGUGUCUGGAUAUGGCUGUGACCCCUCUGAGGAGGGCAGGGUGGCAGUGCCCUGAGUGUAAAGUCUGCCAGACAUGCAAGAAUCCAGGAGAGGACAGUAAAAUGCUGGUAUGUGACAUGUGUGACAAAGGCUACCAUACGUUCUGUCUGCAACCUGCCAUUGAUGUUCUUCCCACCAACGGAUGGAGAUGUAAGAACUGCAGAGUAUGCAUCCAGUGUGGAACUCGAACCAGCAGGCUAUGGCACCACAACAGCCUGCUGUGUGAGAACUGUGUCCAAAACCAGGACCCCACUCUAAGCUGUUCUAUGUGUGCCUGCAUCCUAGACCCUGAGCAUCACAAGGACCUAGUCCACUGCCACACUUGUAAGAGAUGGCUGCACCUCGAGUGUGAGCGUCACAACUCAGGCCAGGCAGAAAUCCACCCCAGAGAGGACUUUGUUUGUUCCAACUGCAGGUCUCCUGAUACAGAGCGGACGCUCCAAGCAGAGGAUAUGGACACUGGCCCAGAGCUUAGCCCUCACCCAGCCUCGACGCACACAGACUCUGAGACUGGCCCACAGCUGACUGAAAAGCACACAGACCUAGAACCUGGCAGUCGGCUGCCUCCUGAAAUGCACAAUGACCCCAAACCGGAAUUACUUGCUGUUCCGUUGCACUCUGAUUCAGAGCCUGUCAAGGAUACCGUCCAGGAACAGAAGCUUUCCACGUCAGUCCGAGAGCUUGAACUCUCUGUGGGACGAGACGUUGACAAAGAAGUGUGCGGACCCACAGAAUUCCAACCAGAAAUCAAACCAGCAGCAAGAAUCCAUGUCAUAUCUGCGAACAGUCCCGUGGCUGCAGUGGUUCUGAGCCAGGACUCCCGACUUCCUAUGGAGGCACAACCAAAACAGGAAAUCACUUUACAAACCAAGCCAGCAAAUACAGAGACCUCCCCCAAGCAGGGCAUGGUCACCCCCAGCACAAAGGAUUAUAAGGCCAUCAUCUCAACCACCAAAGAACCAAGUACUGUAUCAGUACCUUUCACGGACCAACCAAUGGAAGUCUCACUGUCCCAGCCUUUGUGUUUGGAUGUAGCCAUGGCUUCUUUUUUGGAAAGUACUCCAAAAGACCUUCAGGACAGGAGGGGGGGCACUUUUCAUCAGUCCUCAGUGAAGCCUGACCGCGGAUCUGAGAACAAGCCACAUCUUUCAUUUCCCGCCCUGUCUGUAGAGGAGAAACCAUUGAAGACAACUGUAGAGCAGUUGGCGGAGAUGGUUGCAGCUCCUUGCCAUUCCUCACCAGUGCUCAGAGGAAUAGCUCCCCGAGAAACACCUAUUACGUUGGGCGACCACGGCAUUGUAAUACCUAUCACUACCCUGAUACCACUUACCCCGAAGAUUGGAAUGGGCAAGCCAGCCAUCACCAAGAGGAAGUUCUCUCCUGGGAGGCCACGAGUCAAACAGGGUGCAUGGAGCCCCCAUAGCAGUGUGAGUUCCCCCUUGUCCUGGUCCCCAGACCAGCCAGAGGGGUGGGAUGUCCCAAAGACCAGGCAUUACCCUGGCAUCCCCGGCUGGAGCAUCAGAGUGGGUCGAGGCUCAGGCUUCCCAGGAAGGCGGAGGCCGAGAGGAGCCGGUCUAUCGGGUCGAGCUGGACGCGGCAGGGCCAGGGGCAAGAGUGGAGUGUGUCCCAGCAUCAUCAACCCUGGGAUCACCACAUUAGAAACGCCAUACCCAGUCAAGGAGGAGGAGGAGAACGCCAUGCACAAUACAGUUGUCAUUUUUUCCAGUAAUGACAGUUUCACACUCAAGCAGGACAUGUGCGUGGUGUGUGGGAGUUUUGGCCUUGGUGCAGAGGGCCGUCUUUUAGCUUGUGCUCAAUGUGGCCAGUGCUACCAUCCGUUUUGCGUAGGCAUAAAGAUCACAAAGGUGGUGCUCAGUAAAGGCUGGCGUUGUCUGGAGUGCACAGUGUGUGAGGCUUGUGGCCAGGCCACCGACCCGGGCCGCUUGCUGUUGUGUGACGACUGCGAUAUCAGCUAUCACACUUACUGCCUGGACCCUCCUUUACAGAACGUACCGAAAGACAGCUGGAAGUGCAAAUGGUGUGUGUCCUGUACACAGUGUGGCGCUACCACUCCCGGUCUGAGGUGUGAGUGGCAAAAUAAUUACACCCAGUGUGCUCCCUGCGCCAGCCUUUCAGCAUGCCCUGGCUGCCAAGUUGUUUACAGUGAGGGUACCAUCAUUGUCCAGUGCAGACAAUGUGACAGGUGGUUUCAUGCUUCUUGUCAAGGUCUGCAUUCAGAGGAAGAUGUUGAGAAAGCUGCAGAGAACUGCUUUGAUUGCACAAUGUGCCAAAAUUUCAAGACCACUAAAGUUGUGACCAAAACCAGAGACACCAUUGAGCCAGCAGUCAUGACACAGAUUGUCACCAAAGCAAGAGAAAUGGAUCUGUCGAGGACCUACACCCAGGACGGUGUUUGUUUGACUGAGUCGGGGCUUUGUCAGCUCCAGAGCUUGUCUGCUACUGCAUCACGGCGCAGGAAGCCCAAGCCCAAGCUAAAGUUGAAGAUAAUCAACCAGAACAGUGUGGCAGUCCUCCAGACCCCCUUAGACCCGCUCUCAGAGCAUUCUCGUGAUGAGGACAUGGAGGACAACAGAGUGGAGACGGAGCUCCUGGAUUGCGAGGGGAAGUCUGACUCCAGCCCAGAGCGCGAGCCCGCAGAGGACGACUCUAAGGGGGUCGACGGCGGCAAGAAGAGGAAGAGGAAACCGUACCGGCCGGGCAUCGGUGGAUUCAUGGUGCGCCAGAGAAGCCGCCCAGGUCAAGGUCCGGGCAAGGCUAAACGAACUCUGUGCAGAAAGGACUCAUCUGGCUCAGUGUCGGAGUGUCACCUUGGGAAAGAUGAGGGUGUGGGGUGGACCGAUGCGCUGCCGAACACUCCCGUGGAUGAGACGCCUUCCGGAGCAGAAGUUGCGGAAAAAAUAAAAAAACGCUACCGAAAGAAGAAAACCAAACUGGAAGAGGCCUUUCCUACCUACCUUCAGGAGGCGUUUUUUGGUAAGGACCUCCUGGACAAAAGCAAGCAGAGCAGACAACAGGGGGUGGAGUCAGGCCUACUUGAAGAAGGACAAAGCCAAGUUGAGAGGAAGCGCCAUACCACCGGCUUCCUGGACUCUUCGUCAGACCCUCUACUCAGUGCUACUGUGGCAUCCCACUCUAACAGACCAGCUGCAGCACAGACAUCUGAGGAGCCAUUAGUUGAUCUAGCUGAUGUUUUGAAUACUGAUGCAGACAUCUUGGGAAUGCUCGGAAAGCCAAGCGAUGACUCUGGUCUUGAUUUUUGCCCCUUCCAGGUUGACAGCUCACCACCUCCUUUUGCUGGUCUGGACAUGGGGCCCAUGACGGACAGCUCCUCAGUGACGCCCCAUUCUCAGGCUGGUCGUAGGACACCUCGAAGCCUUCCAGAAGAACCCCUGGAUGGCAUUCUCAGUCCAGAAUUGGACAAGAUGGUCACUGACGAAUCAAUACUCAGCAAACUUUACAAAAUACCAGAACUAGAGGGCAAAGAUGUAGAGGAUCUCUUCACAGCGGUCCUCAGCCCCAGCACAAGCCAACCACCACUGCCACAGGUGCCUCACCCCCACGGUCCAGGACCUCUUCCUACCACACCUGGCACUAGCAUUCCUCAUCCCAACACAGGCAAUCCCAUGUUUCCAAGGAUGCCAAUGAUGAAUGGAAUCAUAGGAUCAAGCCACCGUUUCUCUUCAAAUUCCGGAGCAGGGCCCUUAAUGCCAGACAAUUUUGCCCCCCUUAACCGCAUGCCUUUCAGUGACAAUCCCAGGAAGUUUAAUCAAAUGCCGAGAGAAGCAAUUGGUUCAUGGCCCUCCCCUGCCCAUGGCCCUGGACCCCCGCCCCCUGGAUCACUGCCCGAGGGGGAAACUGAAGCCAUGUCAAAUGCCCAACGGAGUACGCUCAAGUGGGAGAAGGAGGAGACGCUCGGGGAGCUUGCCACAGUAGCACCUGUCCUUUAUACAAACAUCAACUUCCCUAACCUCAAAGAGGAAUACCCAGACUGGUCUACCAGAGUAAAGCAAAUUGCAAAACUCUGGAGAAAAGCUAGUUCACAAGACAGGGCCCCAUAUGUGCAAAAGGCAAGAGAUAACCGAGCAGCCCUGCGCAUCAACAAAGUCCAGAUGUCGAAUGAGACAGUGAAGAGGCACCAUCCACAGCAUCCACAGCCCCCUGAGGUGUUUGAUCCCAACAUACCACUAGACACAGAACUGCUGUUUAAAGACCCUUUGAAACCAAAAGAGUCAGAGCAUGAACAAGAGUGGAAGUUUAGACAGCAAAUGAGGCAGAAAAGCAAACAACAAGCCAAAAUUGAAGCUACCCAGAAACUGGAGCAAGUCAAGAAUGAGCAACUGCAGCAGCAGCAACAACAGCAUCAGCUAAACACCAACAUCCAUGGCGAGGGAGAUGGCAACAACAGUGGGAACCAGAGCCCGGCCUCCCUGCCUAGCAAUGGAAGCACAUCACCAAUGCAACAGCUGAAUGUGAAAGACAACUUUGCAAGGCCACAGUUACCAGGGACACCAACAUCAGGUCCUUCCGAUGAUGUAUUCUUACGACCACCUCCUCCUCCUCCAUCUGGCUCGUCAUCCCAGCCUCAGUCCCCACAGGUUUUCUCACCAGGCUCUUCUGGCUCCAGACCAUCUUCUCCAUGGGACCCAUAUGGCAAGAUGGUAGGAACUCCAAGACCACCAACUCUGGGGCAAAAUGUGUGUCGCAGAAUGCCAAUGGAAUCUGGUAAAUCUCCCACCUCCUUGAUGGAACAGCAGGACCGAGGGAGGCCAUCCCCUGCCCAUGAAACUUUUGGCUCGCCAACAUCCAUGAGCAAUGAUCCUUAUGCCAAACCUCCUGACACUCCAAGGCCAACUGGGGAAAUGGACCCAUUUCUGAAGCCGAUGGGGCCCCCCAGGACCAGCCACGCUGCUCAGGGAAGACCCCCAAUGGGCUCGCCAGGCAGGGAUCCAUACUCUAGGCCCAUGAUAAGAAACGAGGCCUACCAACGCAUGGCCCAGAACAGGAUGAUUUUGUCCGACCCUUACUCAAGACCGUUAUUCACACCAAUUCCUGGAAGUAAUGAGUCUGGCUCAGUACCUCUGUUCAAAACACCUAUGCCCCCUCCACAGGCUCAGGACCCCUUAUACAGAGGAGGUCAGCAUCUGACAGACAGGUUUGCCCAGAAUCAACAAGCUGACCCAUAUGCUCAGCCCCCACAUACCCCUAGGCCAUCUGGAAGCGACAACUUUACCAGUCCUCCUCGUAUGAGCCAGCAUCAUCCUCAAGCUCACUCAUUUGCUCAGCAAGGACAAAUGACGCAAAUAUCCAGAAAUCCUUAUGCUCAUGCUCCUUCGACCCCAAGGCCUGACCACUUCACAUAUGACCCAUUUUCUCAGCCUACAGGUAACACUCGAUCUGUUGGUGAAACUGGUGCUCAACCUCGACCAUUCUUUGAGCCAUAUGCCAGACCUCCUGGCACCCCACGUCCACAUGACAACUACAAUCAACCAUCAAACACCCCUAGCCCAUCCUCUGAUGUUUACUCACAUGCUCCUGCCCCCCCUCACCCCAGUGGAAUGAACCAGUUCUCUCAUCAGACACACCCUGCCCAGAGGAUGUCACCUUCCCACUCUGUGGACCCAUAUUCUCUGCCACCUGGUACUCCACGGCCUGCUGCGAUGGAGCGCUUUUCCAGAUCGCCAGGUAGCCAGAGAGGACCUGUUGAGACAUUUACCAGUACACCUGGGCCAUCAAGACCAGGGAGUAGUGAAAUGUUCUCCCAACCUGGGAACCCCCGAACAAUGAUGAAUGACCCCUACACCCAGGCUCCAGGAACACCACGUCCUGGAUCCGAUGGGCUCAGUAGACAGGGGCUAAGGCCUGGCUCUAUGUCAACUCAGGACCCCUUCUCCACAACUCAAGGCAGGCUUCAGGAAACCUUCCCUCAUCCUGGCUCACAAACACCUAAAGAUCCUUGUGUACCAGAAGAUGGAUUUACCCGAUCACCUUCCAGAAGACCUGGUCAGACCCCUGGUCACGACCCAUUUGAGCAAGCCCCUAUGACCCCUCGUCCACAGUCGGAGAAAACGGAAGUUAAAGAUCAGUCAAGUCUUGGUAACAAUGCACUUGUCCCUCAAGACCAAAUGCCUGCUGUAUCCUCAGAGGCUCAGGGUGUUGCCCUUGCUGAAAAUGAGGAAAGACUCAGACAGCGUCAGAGAAUUCGAGAGCUAAUCCUGAAGCAGCAACAACAAAGGAGUGCCAUUCGGCAAGAGAGGUGCCCUCAGGAGCCUGUUAGCAACUUAGCUCCUGGAACACAGAGACCCUGGCCCCAGGAGGAUCCAGGACAACAGGGGGACAUGUUUAACCGACCUCCUCCACCUUACCCAGGACAAGGACCCGUAAGAGGCCCAAUGAGGUUUCCUGGACCCUUUCAAGCCGAUCAGCGUGUUCCAUUCCCUAAUGAAGGACAAAUGCUUCGGGGCCCACACCCUGGGGAUCCUAAUUUGAGACACCAAGGACCAAGGUUUUCAUUUCCAGCUGGUGCUGUCGGGUCUCAUCCACCCCAAGAAUUGUUUCCCCGUGGACAACAUCCAAUGCAGGAUGUUCCUCCCCAAAUGAGACGUUCUAUGUCUGCCGAAAUGGCAAAGUCGAUUGGUGGUAAUCCAAUGGCUCUUCCCCAGCACUUUCCACCACGUGGUAUGCCAGUUCAGCAGCAUAACAUCAUGGGCCAGCCCUUCAUUGAGCUGCGACACAGAGUAGCAGAAAACAGACCCCGCAUAGCAUUUCCCCCAGGUGCUGUGCAAGGAUGCAACAUAGAUCCCAACAUUCAAGCCCAAAGACCUACUGGUUUUACAGGCAUGCUGGACAACAGGUUUCCAUUAAUGCAGGGGCCCAGGAUGGUUGACCCAAUGUCCAGCCAGAGUGGCCAUGCUCACCUUUCCGCCAGCAUGGACAAUUUAAAUCAGCAAUCCCAAAUGUCAGAAAACAGCCAGCUAAAACAGUCUCCUUUGUUGAGAUCCAUGAGUCAGCCUGCUCCAAAUGAGACACAAAACUUGUCUGCAUCCAUCAUCCUCCCUGCUCCCCCUGCUGGCCAGAAUGAGACUGUCUCUGUGGCCACAAGUGAAACUGGAGAGGAGAAACUUGAUGCAGAGGAAUCUGCAGUGAAAGAUCUAGAAGAUGUAGAGGUGAAGGACUUGGUAGAUGCUGACUUGGAAAACCUUAAUUUGGACCCUGAAGAUGGCAAAGACCUAGAUCUUGAGACAAAUGACUUACACCUUGAUGACUUUCUGACAUCUGGGAAAUUUGACAUCAUUGCGUACACGGAUCCUGAUCUUGACGACAUUAAAAAAGACAUGUUCAAUGAAGAACUGGAUCUCAGUGAUCCUAUGGAUGAUAAUGCUGACACUGCAGAGAUUAGCAAAAACCUGGAUUCCAGCAAAACUGAAGCCUCAUCCGGUUCAACAACCAUACUGGAAAAGGCAGGUGCUACAGCUGAAAAACCAGCAGAAGUCAAAGAUGACACUGCUGAGAGUCAGGACUCUGCGUCUUUGGAAAUUAAAACAGAGGUCAAAGACUGUCAAAAAUCUCCAGAGGUGACUGGAACAAACCAAUCAAAUCAGCAAGGAGGCCUCUCUGACUCUACCCCUGUCCUCUCCAGUUUACUCAUUAAGCAGCAGCCUGAAGAGCAGCCAUUAAACCCGAUGGUUGAAUCUGUCACUGAAGGCACUAACCUCAUGCCCCAGCAGAACCAAGUCACUGACAGUGAGCAUACCCCCGGCCUUUCAGUGAGUCAAGCAAUACCCAGUGGCACUGCUGCUGGAGAGUCGUCCAUGACGGCCUUUGGAGCAGACCACCAAGUGGGGCUUGCCUCGGGGGUGGAGCAGCAGGUUUUGAACCAGGUUUUGGGUCAGCACAACCAACACCGUCCUCUUCUGCUGGAGGAACAGCCCCUCCUUUUGCAGGACCUCUUAGACCAGGAGAGGCAAGAGCAACAGCAGCAGAGGCAGAUGCAAGCCAUGAUACGACAGCGAUCCAACGACUCUUUCUUUCCAAACAUCGAUUUUGAUGCCAUCACUGACCCAAUCAUGAAAGCCAAGAUGGUUGCUCUAAAAGGCAUCAACAAAGUCAUGGUUCAGAACAACAUUGGGAUGUCUCCAAUGGUUAUGAACAGGUUUCCAUCAGUUCCUGUAGCACCUUGUCCUGAAAGCACACCACUUCCUCCACAAGUUGUAGGACAGGCUGGCAAACUGACGCAAGUAGUGCGGCCAAAUCCUCCCAAUUUUGGUUCCGGAUUUGGUAACAAUGCUCAAAGGGCACAGUAUGAGGAGUGGCUGCAGGAGACUCAGCAAUUACUUCAAAUGCAGCAGAAAUUUCUGGAGGAGAAGAUCGGAGCUCACAGGAAGUCAAAGAAAGCUUUAUCUGCCAAGCAAAGAACGGCAAAGAAGGCAGGGAGAGAGUUCCCAGAGGAGGAUGCUGAGCAGCUCAAACAUGUCACAGAGCAACAGGGUGUAGUGCAGAAAGAGCUGGAGCAGAUUCGCAAGCAGCAAAAGGAGCAUGCUGAACUUAUAGAAGAAUACCGAAUGAAACAGCAACAAAACAACAUGACACCGUUAAUUCCUGGGAUGCAUCCAGUGCCUGGCCCUACUGGCUUGGUUCCCAGUGGGCCACCAAUGGUCCAGCCUCAGUUGAACCCCAUGAUACAAAUGCCACCUCAUCCUGGCCCGCCAAACGCCCCCCCCAGAAUGCCCAACCCACCACCACAGGGCUGGCACCCUGGCACUCCCAUUCCCAUGGGAGGAACUGGAAUGCCACCUAUAAUGCCCCCUCAGGUGCAUGUGGGAAACCCUGUGCAGCCUCAUCAGAUGCCUAUGGGCAACGUACUUCAGCACUCCCAAAUGCCAGUGGAACCACAAGUGCCACCGGUGCCUCAAGCGUCUGUCAAACCAAUGCAGGCGGGUGGUGUGAAGUUUGAUGACAACAAUCCAUUCAGCGAGGGCUUCCAGGAGCGAGAGAGGCGGGAGAGGCUAAGGGAACAGCAGGAGAGACAGCGGGUGCAACUCAUGCAGGAGGUUGAACGGCAGAGAGCUCUCAAACACCGUAUGGAAAUGGAGCAGCAAGGUAUGAUGGGGCCAGAUGGGAACAUAGCACCGCUUAGUCAGAUGCCAUUUUUUAACUCGGAGCUGCCGCCAGACUUCAUGCAGCCCCAGAGGCCUCCUGUACAACAGCAGCAACAACAUGGACCGAUGUUCCCCCAGCAGCAGGCCAUUGGCUCAUCAACUGGGGCGUUUAUGCAAGGUGAAAGGAGGCCCACGAUGGGGAAUGGGAUGAUGCCUCCGGAAAUGGGGCCUGGUUUGGGGACUGAUAAUCUCGGCCUACAAGCGUCCAACUUUUCACAGGGUCAGGCCAGGCCUCGACAGUUUAGUGGACCAGGCAUGAUGCUUCAGAUGCCAGGCGAAUGUCCACCUUUUGGGGGUGACUCAGCUACACCUCUUCCAUCAAACUUUCCCGGCUCAGGUCAAUCUUUAAUCCAGCUGUACUCCAACAUCAUCCCAGAUGAGAAAGGGAAAAAGAAGAGAAACCGCAAAAAGAAGAAAGAUGACGACACAGAUUCUGUCAAGACACCUUCAACUCCUCACUCAGACCUCACUGCCCCACUCACGCCAUGUGUGUCAGACACCUCUUCAACGCCAACCAGGAACCCCCACCUCUUUGCAGACCAAGACCUGUCAAGAUCCCCCCUUGGAUGUUCUACUCCGAGUCAUUCCGAGCUAGAGAGGCAACUUUCCGGAGGGCAUUCUGGACAAAGUGGUCUUUCACUGGAGGCUGCAAGGGCUCAGGCUCAGGAGCAUGACAGGAUCCUCAGCAAUAUCAAGCUCGAGCAGACUGACGUCAGUGAGUGUCAUGGCUCAAGAGAAGGGCCGAUCAGCUCAGAGAUGAGCUCUGUCAAGGAGGAACGCAGCAAGGGGAGUUUGUCUCCUUUCCCCUUGGGUCAAAGUCCAAACAAGGGUGAAGCUGGCAAUGAGCUACUGAAACACCUUCUGAAAAACAAGAGCACAACUCCACCAGGGUUCUCCCAACAGCAGUCGGAAGAGGAGGAAUCUGCCGACUGCAAAGCCCUACUCAGGCAAAGCUCUGUGGACAGCAAUGGGGCGUAUUCUGAUGGCACACCGGACUUUCAAGGGCCUCUUUUGCACGAACAAGAGAAGAAGAAAGGCAGGAAUAAAAGAACCCCAAAGGGAGGAGAGAAACCUCCAUCUCGUUACAAGAAAAGGAAGAAGGAAGGGGAUGAGAGGCAGUUGGUGCAUUCUGACACCGUCAUGACCCAAAUCAAACAGCAACUCUCCUUACUGCCCCUCAUGGAGCCACUGAUUGGUGUCAACUUUGCCCACUUUGCUCCCUACGGCAGCGGCCAGCUCAAUGGAGAGAGCCUCCUAUCUGGUACUUUUGGAAGUGCCUCACUGGAUGGCGUGUCCGACUAUUACUCCCAGCUGGCCUACAAGCAGAGUAACCUGAGCAAUCCACCAACACCUCCAGCAUCACUGCCUCCCACGCCACCACCUGUGAAUAGGCAGAAAAUGAUCAACGGCUUUGCCACAACCGAAGAGCUGGCUAGCAAAGCAGCUGCCAUGAUGUCCAAAGGCCUUGUCCCGAAGCCGUUACAUGUCCCAUUUAGGACUGAAGAAGAUCUAGCCCGGGCCAUUGCCCAGGGACCCAAAACUGUGGAUGUUCCCGCCUCCCUUCCCACUCCUCCACACAACAACCAGGAGGAACUGAGUAACAGAGGACAGGAGCUUUGCAAAGAAAGGGACACACCUGACAGUUUUGUUCCAUCCUCAUCCCCCGAGAGUGUUGUUGGCAUGGAAAUCAGUCGUUAUCCAGACCUGUCACUGGUGAAACAAGAGCCGCCUUCCCCCUGCCUCUCCCCUGUUCUACCCAUGCUUCCUGCGCCUGACGGGAAAGCAUCAGAAGUCAAACUGCACGAGAUAAAGACUGAAUCUUCAGGAACAUUCUUUGGAUCCCCUUUUGGACCCAUGUCUAAUGAUGCCAAACCUGGGCUGGUUUCUGUAGCCAUCACAUUGAGGCCAGCUGCAGCAGAGAACAUCACUGGUGUGGUGGCAGCCAUUUCCGAGCUGCUUUGUGUCAAAAUUCCCAGCAGCUAUGAGGUCAGCAGCACCCCAGACCGGGGGUCCAUCCCUAUGCUCGCUUGCCCACGGGUGGACGUUCGUCCUCCCAUUCUUUUUCAUGGACAAGGAGACAAUGGAGGCCUUCACGGUCGGCCGGGACAGAUGAUCAGGCCUGGUGGACCACAGGGAAUGAUGCAACAGCACGCACAUCAUUUCCGCUUCCAUCCAAACAGCCCAGGCUCUGCUAUAGCUCGAGGACCUGACCAGCGAACUCCUGGCAGCCCUGGAUGUAAACCUCAGUGGUGCCGCAACUGUAAAGUAGUGGUUCUGGGGAAUGGAGUGCUGAAAUCCAUCAAAGAUCUGCCGUCUCAUAUGAAGGAACCUGCAGUUCGCUUCAAAGAUGAGUUGGUGUUCUGCAGUAAGAACUGCUUCUUACUCUACUGCUCCUCGUCAUCAGUGCGGUCCAGAUCGUCCACAGAAUCAAAGGAAUCACUGAGCCUUCUCCCGGCCUCGGAUCAGACUGAGAGCUUUUCUAAAGCCCAGCACCAGUACAACAACAACAUGUCCUCAAUGGGUGUUCAUUGUCUUGCCCAGCUUGAGCCCAAGCACUCUCCCCCGUCCACCCCUCCCAUCCCCUUCCCUAUGGCUGGUGAGACACCCAAGAUGGAGACAAAGUCUGACGCCAUCAAAGUGACCGUGAAGCUAAAAGCCCGGCCAAGAUCCCACGAGAGCUGGCACCAAGUAAAGAGACAAAAGGGUCUUCGAUGGAGGAAGUGGACCGUCCAGGUAGUUGUGCCAAGAGGAAACUCUCAACUCCCAGAUGAAGAUAAGAUUGAUGACCUACUGAAGAAACUUGGUGCCUCCUUAAGGCCUCCUGCUUCACUGCGGGAUCAGCGGCGCUGUUGUUUCUGCCACCAGUUUGGAGACGGAAUUACUGAUGGUCCUGCUCGGUUGCUUAAUCUUGACCUGGAUGCGUGGGUGCAUCUCAACUGUGCCCUGUGGUCCACAGAGGUGUACGAGACGCAAGCAGGCGCCCUCAUCAAUGUGGAACUCGCCCUGCGUCGUGGCCAAACAGUACGCUGUGUCUACUGCCAGCAGAUGGGCGCUACAAGCGGCUGCCAUCGCUUACGCUGCACCAACGUCUACCAUUUCACCUGUGCCCUGCAAGCGCAGUGCAUCUUCUUCAAGGACAAGACCAUGCUAUGCCACGCACACAGGCCUCGAGGCACAGCUGGACAAGCGCUGGAGCACGAGCUACGCUGCUUUGCCGUCUUUCGGCGCGUCUAUAUCCAAAGGGAUGAAUUGCGUCAGAUGGCCACAGCCGUGCAACAGCCAGAGCUGGGCUACACCUUCAGAAUAGGGAGCCUCGUGCUACAUGCCAUCGGCCAGCUCACCCCCCUGCAAAUGUCAGCCUUUCACUCCUCAGCUGCCAUCUUUCCAGUCGGGUAUGAGGCUUGUCGUAUUUACUGGAGCAUGCGCCAUGGCAAUCGCCGUUGCCGAUAUGUCUGCACUGUCGAGGAAAGAGAAGGACAACCGGAUUUUACCAUCAGAGUCAUUGAACAGGGCUACCAAGAUCUGGUUCUGACUGACUCCUCUGCUAAAGGCGUGUGGGAUAAGGUUCUUGGUCCUGUUUCUGAAAGAAGAACUGAAUCAGGCACACUGAAGCUCUUCCCAAUUUACCUUAAAGGGGAGGACCUGUUUGGGCUCACAGCGUCCGCCGUAGCCAAGAUCACUGAAUCGCUCCCUGGAGUGGAGGCUUGUGACAGGUACUCAUUCCGUUAUGGACGCAACCCUCUCGUGGAGCUGCCUCUCGUGUUCAAUCCAGCCGGCAGUGCCAGAGCCCAACCUAGAACCAUCACUCCUCGUACCUCACUGGUCAUCAGGCCCCAGGCUCAGGCUGUUUCCGGCAGCAGUGCCAGGUCCAACCAGAAUGUGGCUCAGGGAGAAGGUGGCGCCCCCCACAGCAAGCCUCCUGUUGUGCAUCCUAGGUCUUCUCAGUACCGUUGGAUGAAGAGCGAAUGGAGAGCCAACGUCUAUCUGGCCCGCUCCCGCAUCCAAGGUCUGGGGCUGUUUGCUGCUCGAGACAUGGAGAAACAAACAAUGGUGAUUGAGUACACUGGAACCAUCCUCCGCAAUGAGGUUGCCAUCAGGAAGGACAAGGCCUAUAGAUCUCAGAAUCGAUCAGUGUUUAUGUUCCGCAUCGACAGCGAGCACAUAGUCGAUGCAACUACAACAGGAGGGCUUGCAAGGUACAUCAAUCACUGUUGUGCCCCAAACUGUGUUGCUGAGGUGGUAACGUUCGAAAGGGGUUACAAAAUCAUCAUCAGCUGCAUUCGACGCGUUGAAAAAGGAGAAGAGCUGUGUUUCGACCACCAGUUUGACCCCGUUGGCAGCGGUCAGCACAAGGUCGCCUGCCACUGUGGAGUUCCCGAAUGCAGGAAGUGGAUCAACUGAACGACGACAAUGACAACCCUCAAAGCAUUCCGUGCUCUAGUCUGUGGAUGCUGCAGAAGAGCGACUUCACACUGAAGUAGUUUUGGCCUGAGCCCUCAGAGAGCUGGCUCAAGUUGGUUCAUGAAUGGAACACAGUAGCAGGAUGCAACUUGUGCCAUAUGUGAGAGUGAGGCUGUCCUAAAGCUACGCCUCCUCGCUCUAUCUGUAAGUGUGUGUUUGGCUAACACGGGGUGUGGAAUUCACCAACGAAUGAGAAAGCACUGUGCAGGGUGCGGCCUUAUUGCUUACUAAGGGCAGGCCCUUUUUUUGUGUGUGUGCGCGCGCGCGUGUGUGUGUGUGUGUGCGCGCGUGUGUGUCUGUCAUACUAUCAUUAUGUAUGCCUAUGUAUGACUAAAUGUAGACAUCACUGAAUAAGGAAUGUACAGCAAUGAAUACUGCGAAGGGAAUAUUAACUUGCACUAAAAAAAACAAAACAAAAAUGAAAAAAAAAAAAUCCACACAGACACACAAAAAACGUUAAAAAUACUUGAUUCCAUGAGUCAGUUUUAUCAUUGUCAUGUGAUGUGUGUGGAGAGGUUUUGUAUUUAUUACUGAGUGAAUGGAUUUAUUCUCCAAAUGAUGAGCUGAAGAAGGCUAGAACGAUGACAGAAGAAGACAUGCUGUUACUUUUUGUAUAAAAUGUACAUAAAGAAAAGUAUAGAAUAACCGACCAAAUACUACCUUAACCUUCUUGAUGUUGGGUGUUUUUACAUUAGUUUCCUCUUCCUGUUUUGUUUGUCAUUGAAAUUUAUUUAAGAUCGAGCGUUAUUUCUGUUUUGAGAGUAUAUAUUAUGAUUAUUCUGUACAGAAUUUGUAAAAUAACCACAAUAAUUCACAAAAUAUUUUUGUUGUAAAAGUAAGGUAUUGUAGCUGUAGUGUUUUUGUGACUUACACACACUUUAACCACUCAAGAAAAAACAAAACUAUUUUUGUUGACUAACGUAACAAAUGAUCAGUUCCAGAAUCAGAAUAGAAACUCAUUAAACAUGUGCUAUUAAUCAGGUUUGAUUGUAAAGAACUGUGAAUUAGGUUUUGAACCCCCACCCUAAAAACACAACUUUUUAACACAAAUAGGAACACCAACGUAUAUUAACCUGUUGUUGUUUUUAAUGUUGCUUUUAAAAGAAGGUGCAAGUGUCUAAUAAUGAGUUAGACAACCAGGAGUGUGCGUGUGCGCGUGUGUGUUUGUGUGACAGAAAGAAUCAUGGGGGAUCUUUUGCAACCGUCGCUUCCCUCUCUCUUUUUGGAUAGAAAGGCAUUGUCUUUAAUCAGAACUAUUUCUUAUACUGACACGUCACAAGUCACAUGCGUAGAAAUGGACAAGUUUUUUGCGUGCACAAUUUCAAGUCGACUGUAAAAAUUUUUGGAGACAGUCUUAGAACUUGUGAUGUAUAUGGCAUGUAUUUUUUUAACUUUCCGAAGACUCAAUUGUAUAUAUUUUCUCAAUGAAUGGUUGUAACAAAGUUGUUCCUUGGAUAUUUUUCUUCUCUUGUAUGAUAUGACAUCAUCCUGCCAGUGUGUUUGUGCUACAUUUUCUUGGUCGUGUAAAGUAGUCCCAUUUGUUUCUUUUGAUCUCCCCCAACCUGUCCCUUUUUUGUUUGUUUUUUGAAAAUGCCUUUUGAAGUGUACAGAGUAUGGGGUUUGGAGUUUGUGGAAUUGAAUUUAGAAACAUUUACAAAAAUAAACUAUUUUACAUGUUA